ACACGCAGGAAACCUUGUUAGCCGGAGAGAGAGUUCAAACUGGUGUCCUUCAUAUUAGCCGGAGAGGGUGAAGAGACAGAAUCGCCGGAAAUUUUUUCCGGCGUUCCCGGGAUCCAAUAGUUUUCCGCCAACUGUUGUCAACUGUUCAUCUGAACAUGACGACCUCAAGACGACUUGCUGAUAGGAAAGUGGACAGAUUUGAGAAGAACAUUACCAAGAGGGGAGCUGUGCCUGAGUCGACGGCGAAAAAGGGAAAGGACUACCCUGUUGGCCCUAUUCUCCUCGGCUUUUUCAUGUUUGUUGUCAUUGGAUCAUCUCUGUUUCAGAUAAUCAGAACGGCAGCCAGCGGAGGCAUGGCUUAAGCACAACAUAACCUUGUGAAACUCUCUAGCAAAUGACUACUAGUGAUCUGUAACUUAACUAGGUGGUUGUUGAUCAUGUUGCUACGGAUUGUUUGAAUAUAAAUAAGUAUUCACCUCCCUGUGCUCUUUCCAGUUA